AAAACUACUUUUUUUUAUUUAUUUUUCACAACGAAUAGGCCAAAGUGGCUUAUUACAUUUUGUUUGUUGACCAAGUUGUUUCAUAUGUUGCAACAAGAAUCCUAUUUACCAGGACAAAGGACGAUAAAUAGGAACCCUAUAAUUUAUUCUAUUAAAAUCAGAUCCAUGCUUUUUCAUUCAAACAGUCCUUAUUCCCUUUAAUAUCCAAAUCCAAACUUCCUUUGUUCAUAAAAGAAACUAUCUACAGGUUCAAGCUUUAAUACAAUCAUUUUCAGGUUCAAUUUUUUAUCUACCUAUUUGUGUUCAAGAUUUUUUUUUCCACAAAAAAGGCAAGUUUGCGAUGGAUUCAAUGAGAGGGCAAGGAGGCAUUCAAAUGCUACUAACUGCUGAACAGGAAGCCCAACAAAUUGUUUAUGCUGCAAGAAAUGUUAAAACGACAAGAUUGAGGCAAGCAAAAGAAGAGGCUGAGAUGGAAGUGACAAAUUAUCGCUCCCAUCUCGAAGCUGAAUACAAGCAGAAACUAUCUGAGACCAGUGGAAGUUCAGACUCAACUGAAAAGAGGCUUGAGAUAGAAACAGAGCAAAAGAUUCAACAUUUGAAGAAAGCAGCCUCCCAAGUAUCUCCUGAUGUUAUUGCAAUGCUCACAAAGUACAUUACAACUAUUAAAACAUGAUUGAUGCAUGUUUUUGAAAUACUUUUCCUCAUAAUAUAUGUUUUUGAAAACAAUUUGGUAGCUCGAUAAGUCCAAAGCUAAUACUUGAAUAACAUGGUUAUUCAUGUAGCAUGUUUGGUUUGGAAACAGAAAAAAAAAGUUUUUCAUGUAUUGAUUGUGAUACAAUGUUUGAUUGGUAGGUUUUUAAAUGUUGUGUAAAAGUUAUUCAUCUAUUAUUUUUUUACAGCGUUUGAUUA